GCUGGGGGCAGCAUCCCUGCAUAAAAUUAACAAAUCUAUUUGGGGGCAAUAAUCCCAGCUGAACAUUCUGUGCCUCAGGGCAGGGGGAGGAAAUGGGACCCUGAGCUGGGGUACAGCAAGUGCAAUGACCUUUAGCAGAGGAUGUGCAAGCUGCUCUGCAUGUGUGAUGUGGCCAGCACCACGCAAAGCUUGUUCCCUCGGGCAGGGGAACUACUGGGGGUCCCUGGCUGGGCUGGGGUCUCUAGGGGCCCCAGACCCUGCGAGGGGCCGAGGUGCCUCCGGGUCCCGGGCCACCCCCUCCCCUGGGAGCAGAGAGGAGGGGAUGGGGUGUGAAUUAGGGAGUAAGGAGCCUGUGGAGCUCCCAGUGGUGAAAAGCUAAAGAACAGGAAAACAUGAGGCGGAUGGGGAGCGACCUGGUGAAAUUGGGCCACGGGUGCCCGCAGGCUGGAACCCCGAGGCGGUGCCACCCCGGGCCGGUGCCACCCCGGGCGGGUGCCACCCCGGGCCGGUGCCAUCCCCGGCCGGGCUGGGCGGUCCCAUGUAAACAAAGGGGCGUGGUUUAUGCAAACGAAGGCGUGGCUAUGCAAAUAACAGGGAGUCAUGGCGGCCGCCAUGGAGGAGGUGAGCACGCGUGGGGCUGCGGGACCCCGGAGCCCCCGGCCCCGGUCCCACGGCCCCGCACUCCCCAGGAGCCCCAGGACUCCCCGGAGCCGGCGGCGCGGGAGCCGCGGGUGCGGGACACCCCCGAGGACAUUUGUCUGGAGGCCACGGCCAACGCCAUCGCGCUGCACCCGGCACGGCCGCUGCUGGCCGCGGGGGAUGUGGACGGCGACGUGUACCUGUACUCGUACUCGUGCACCGAGGGGGAGAACCGGCAGCUCUGGUCCUCGGGACAUCACCUCAAGUCGUGCCGGGACGUGGCGUUCUCCCAGGACGGGCAGAAGCUUUUCACUGUGUCCAAGGAUAAGUCCAUCCACAUUCUGACGGCGGAGGAGGGUCGGCUGGAAACGCGCUUCCCCAAGGCGCACGAAUCGGCCCUCAACUGCGUGCUGCCCAUCGACAACCACAUCUUUGCCACGGGUGACGACGGCGGGGCAGUGAAGGUGUGGGACCUGCGCAGGGGCAGCGCCAUCCUGGAGGCACGGCAGCAGGAGGAAUACAUCAGUGCCAUGACUGUGGAUGGCAACGGGAAGAUCCUGCUGACAGCCAGUGGUGAUGGCACCCUGGGCAUCUACAACGUGAAGAGACGGCGCUUUGAGCUGCUCUCAGAGCCGCAGAACGGGGACCUGACGUCUGUGGUGCUGAUGAAGAGGGGGAGGAAGGUGGCGUGUGGCUCCAGUGAAGGCACCAUCUACCUCUUUAACUGGGAUGGCUUCGGGGCUGCCAGCGACCGCUUUGCGCUCCGGGCAGAGACCAUUGACUGCAUGGUGCCCAUCACGGACAGCAUCGUGUGCGUGGGGUCCCUGGACGGAGUCAUCAGGGCGGUGAACGUGCUGCCGAACCGCGUGCUGGGCUGCGUGGGGCAGCACCUGGGCGAGCCCAUCGAGCAGCUGGCCGUGGCCGCGGACGGGAAGCUCCUGGCCAGCAGCGGCCACGACCAGAAGGUGAAGUUCUGGGACGUGUCGGCGCUGGGCUCCAUGGUGGUCGAUGAUUACCGCCGGAAGAAGAAGAAGGGCGGGCCGCUGCGCGCCCUCAGUAGCAAGGCGAUGGGCAGCGGGGAGGAUUUCUUCGCCGACCUGCGGGACGAGGCCGAGCCGGAGGCGGCGGCAGAGGGCGGUGACAGCGGCGACAGCGACAGCGACUGAGCGGCCGCGCGGGGCCGGGGGCGCCGCCCCCUCAGCGCUGCCGGCGCGGGGCGGGGCUCUGCGCGUUCGCUCGGGGCGCGGCCAAUCAGAGCCGCAGCCCCUGGGAGUGCCCGCCCACGGGGCGUGGCCUCGCGCAGUGCCGCCACUGUCGGGAGGAGGCAGGACGCUGGCGUUCUGAUUGGCUCCUAGAGCUGCCACUCAAGCUGGGCUGUAGGCGCGGCCUUAAAGGGGCCGCGCGUGUCGGGGUCUCGAGGGGCGCAGCGGUUAUGGCGGGUUGGAGGCCCCGUGGGAGGAGCCGGGGGUGGGCCCGAGAUGGGGGACAGG